AUGAACCUCUCUGGCGAGAAGACUGUGGCCGGUGAGAUUGAGACGAAUACGAGUGAACCCGGACACACCAACACCACCGCUUCACCGCGUGGGAAGAAGCUGUCGACAUCUUCGGACGCCGAGCCCUGUCCACCAGUGGAAGACGGACCGAUCGAGAGCAAUGGCCCUCCUGCGCUGCCGUUCUCCAAGGCGAGAGCAAUUGUGCUCGUGGCCACCCUCGCGGGCGCCAGUUUCAUGAACACCAUGUCACUGCAAGCCGUCGUCAUCAUCUUGCCUGCUAUUGGCUCUGACCUCGACAUCCCCGAGCAGCGUCUGCAGUGGAUCGUCUCGGCCUACUCUCUCGCCUUCGGCUGCUUCCUGCUGCUCUGGGGCCGCAUCGCCGAUAUCUACGGCAAACGCCUGAUCUUCGUGGCUGGCUCUGCCUGGGCUGCUGUCAUGACACUUGCCAACGCCUUUGUCCCCAACGAGAUUGCCUUCAACUUGUUCCGUGGUCUGCAUGGCCUCGGCGCCGCCGCCAAUGUUCCCACAGCUAUCGGCAUCCUCGGCACCACGUUUCCGCCUGGCAAGGCGAAGAACUACGCCUUCAGCGCCUACGCCGCCGGUGCACCCUUGGGUAGCGUCUUUGGCAACCUCAUCGCGGGUUUCAUAGCCCAAUAUGCUGACUGGAAGUGGAUCUUCGGCGUCAAGGCUAUACUCGCGGGCAUGGUGGCCGCCGCAGGCUUUUUCGUCAUCCCUCCACCCCCGCCGCCCCCACCGUCGCUCGAAGGCCAACCGAGCAAGACCAAGCAGUCGGUUGAUUGGAUCGGAGGCGCUCUCAUCACCAUCGGCAUGCUGGCCCUGCUCUAUGCCCUGACCGAGGGCAACGUUGUCGGUUGGGAUAGGCCCUGGAUCCCCGUCAUCAUUGUCGUAUCCCUGAUCAUCAUCGCCGUUUUUGUCUUCUGGCAGCGCUACCUAGAAAAGAAGGGCGAAAGACCUCCGCUCAUGAAGGUCUCGAUUUUCAAAAACAAGCGUUUCAGCGCCGCCAUGGUCAUCAUGGGCCUGUUCUUUGCCUCGUUCAACAACUUCCUCGUCUUUGCGACCUACUUCUUCCAGGACUAUCAGGGCCUUUCGGCACUUCAGACCACCAUCCGUUUCAUCCCCACGGGUGUUGUGGGCAUCGUCACGGCAUUCGUCGUCGCGCUGCUGCUGUCCCGCGUGCCAACCUAUCUCCUGCUCGUAUUCGGCAACGUUUCCAUGGCAUUGGCCUGUGUGCUGUUCGCCAUUCCGAUCCCCUCGAACACGACGUACUUUGCCUUUGGGCUGCCCGCCAUGAUUCUGUCCGUAUUCGGUGCUGACACGGCGUGGCCGUCCCUGACGCUGUUCACCUCCAAGUCCUUGCCGCAGGAAGACCAAGCCCUCGGCGGCGCGCUCAUCAACUCGGUCGGCCAGAUGGGCCGCGCCAUUGGUCUGGCGAUCAGCACGGCCGUGCAGACGGCCGUCAUGGCCAAGGCGCGCGGCGUGCCGGUCAUGGACGUCGGCGAGACGAAGCCCUGGGAUGGACCCUCGCUCAAAGGCCUGCGGGCCGCCAACUGGAUGAAUUUUGGGUACGGUGUUGCGUCGCUGCUCAUCGUGUUGUUUGUCUUCCGAAGCUCGGAAGUUGUGGGCAGGGCGGAGCCGCCAACGGCGCGUUCCGGCGGCGAGGAGGGAAUCAUGAAUGAGGAAGAGACGAAUGCUGAGAGGAGGAAGGCGUAG